CCAGCAGGUACCAUAUACAAUACGUUUCUUUUUUGAAGGAGUAGGGAAACCAGAAAAUUGAACAAAGUACGAAAGAAGACUGAAGGUCAAUGCACCCUCAGAUGUAUAGUUUACAGAGAGGAGGAGAGACUGAAAGAGGGAGAGGUUGAAGAAGACCGCAAGCCAACAAGCGGAGAAGAUUGGAGCAGGAAAACUUAUCGUAAAGGCUAAACAAGUAAGUCCACUGUAGAGAGGUAGAUAGAAGUCUAGAUAGACAGAGACACAGAAAAACCUCUUGGUUGUGGUUUCCAGAUCCAGAGAAGACGCAGCAGAUUGCUUCUUCCAGUUCACGAACUUGACCUUUUGGUUCAUCAAUUCUGAACCUUCUUCUGCCAUCGAGGAUUCGUUGUAUUUGUUUCGGUUCCCGAUUUUGGGAUUGCGGAAUUUCUUUGAUCUUCAAAUCUCUUGGCUUCCUCAAUUGCUACGACUAGCAUCGAGAAGCGAGAAGCGAGAAGCCACAGCCUCAGUGUUUGCAGCUCAUAAUCAAGCUGAGUAGCUUGGGAAAACAAGAAGGAGGAGAAGAAGAAGAUAAGAGAGGUGGGGGAGUUCUGCGAUGAAAUGGGGGAAAGCGGUAUUGGGACUGCGAAUGCGGCCGCCUUGCACACCGCAAUCAACUCCGUACAAGCGCUCGGGAGAGGGUUCGAUGUCAACUUCGAUACCCGCUUGUUGUACUGCAAAGGAAUAGGUGGCUCGAGGUUACUCCAGAUUGACCAGGAUAGUGCCAGAGAUCUCUUUCUCUACGAUGACGUUGUUGUCCCCCACGUUUCCAGGGACAUCAGGAACUCUCCUGGCUCUCAUGGCCGCCAGAGCUCUGGAGUCUGCACUUUCUCUGAGAUGGUGGAGUAUUUCAAUAAAAAGACCGAUCUAUCAGGAAGUUCUCCUCUUGGUAGCUUCAAUUCUGCGUUUAGCUUUAGUGGUUCCAAGCACAUUGAUGCUGCUAUGACUAAGACCCUCUCCAUGGAUGGCUAUUACAUUCCCCUUGCCAAGGUCGAGCUUUUCAGAUCACCAUUAGUGUUGCAAGACAAUGUGAAACGGGCUGUGCCAACUAGCUGGGAUCCUGCUUCAUUGGCUAGCUUCAUUGAAACUUUUGGCACACAUGUUAUCACUUCUGUCACUGUUGGUGGCAAGGAUGUUAUAUAUGUUAAACAACAUCAAUCUUCAGCUUUGUCAAAGAUGGAGAUGAAAAAUUAUGUCCAAGAUAUUGGAAAUCAAAGGUUCUCUGACACAGAGGGUCACACGAGUUCAGGCCCAUUGAAGAUCAAGGAUAAGGUUAGUUCCAGGACAUCUGUUUAUUUUUUACAGAGUGCUGAUGCUGGAAUCUUUAACAGCCAGGGCAUAUACCCACAACCCACCAGUGCACCGUGUCUGUCCGGGAAAGAGGACGUGACAGUCAUUUUCAGAAGGAGGGGUGGAGAUGAUUUGGAACAAAGCCAUACCAGAUGGGCAAGAACUGUGCGUUCUUCUCCAGAUGUGGUUCAUAUGACUUUCGUUCCCAUAACCGAUCUUCUUAAUGGAACUCCCGGAAAGGAUCACCUAGCUCGAGCAAUCAGUCUAUAUCUUGAAUACAAACCUCAGAUUGAAGAGCUGAGGUAUUUUCUGGAGUUUCAGAUACCACGGAUAUGGGCUCCUGUACAUGACAAAAUUCCUGGCCACCAACGGAAGGAACCUGUUUGUCGGUUUCUGCAUUUCAGCAUAAUGGGGCAAAAGCUGUAUGUUAGCGAGGAGCAGGUAUCAGUAGGACGGAAGCCAGUAACAGGGUUAAGGUUAUGCUUGGAAGGAGCCAAACAGAACCGACUGAGCAUUCACGUACAACACUUGGCAUUACUUCCCAAAAUCCUCCUCCCCUACUGGGACACACAUGUGGCGAUUGGUGCUCCCAAGUGGCAGGGCCCCGAGGAGCAGGACAGCCGAUGGUUUGAGCCGGUGAAGUGGAAGAACUUCUCCCAUGUCAGCACCGCACCGAUAGAGAACCCUGAGAGCUUUAUAGGCGACAAUGUCGGGGUUCAUGUGGUCACGGGAGCACAGCUUGGAGUGUGGGAGUUUGGGUCGAGAAAUGUUUUGUACAUGAAGCUUUUGUACUCACGUUUGCCAGGGUGUACAAUACGGAGGUCGCUGUGGGACCAUUGUCCCAGUGAUAACAAGGUGAAGAAAGUUACAACCACUGUAAAUAGCAGCAGCAGCAGCAGUGCAGGAGGGGAUUCAAGCUCGGAGAACACGGCAGUGGGUAAGAAGUUGGCGAAGUUUGUGGAUAUGUCAGAGAUGAGUAAAGGGCCGCAGGAUCCGCCAGGGCAUUGGUUGGUGACCGGUGGCAAGUUGGGAGUGGAGAAGGGGAAGAUCGUGUUGAGAGUAAAGUACUCUCUGCUGAAUUACUGAAGUCCAGAGAUUGUAGGGUGGUUGAAGUUGCAGAAGAAGAAUGAUUGUGAUGGGGUUUGUAAUGCAAUGCAAUGCUGUACCAUAUAAAUUACAUAAAGUGGAAGGAUGAUUUGUGUUUGAGUAGGUUGGGUGGGGGAUGAUAUGUUGAUGUUGGCAAGAGUUUCACUUCAUUCUGGUGAGGAGAAACUGCCGUUUUGCGUGAUUGAAUAGCUUUGAGUAGUGAAUUUUUGUAGGGGAUGUACGUAUUGGGAUUAUGUCCCUUGGUGGGGGGAUCCGAGGAUUGGUUUGCCUUCGUUUUUAGUGUAUGGAAUAGUCGCGGGCAUUUGGGGACGUCAAUCGUUUACAGUUGCAGACGAGCUGAAGUUACCGAACCUUCUGGUCGUGUUCUUGAUUGCAAAAAGUGUUCAAUAGUCAUUUGUCAA